AUGUCUCAAGAAAACUUAAGUGUGGUGACUGCCUGUCCAGGACAACUGAAACUGGAAAAUCGUCCAGUUCCAGAAUUAAAUCCUGGAGAGGUUCUAAUUAAAAUGAAUUCUGUGGGGAUCUGUGGCUCUGACAUUCACUAUUGGCAACAUGGAAAAUUAGGAGACUUUGUUGUGAAGAAGCCAAUGGUUCUUGGACAUGAAGGCUCUGGAACUGUGACUAAGGUGGGCUGUGGAGUGACACAUGUCAAGCAAGGUGAUAAAGUGGCCAUUGAACCUGGUGUCCCCAGAGAAACUGAUGAUUUUGUUAAGUCUGGUCGCUACAAUCUGUCUCCAACAAUCUUCUUCUGCGCUACGCCCCCUGAUGAUGGACUCAUGUGCCGCUUCUAUGUCCACAAAGCCAAAUACGUCUACAAGCUUCCAGAUUGUGUGAGCUUUGAGGAAGGUGCAAUGGCUGAGCCCCUUUCUGUUGGCAUUCAUGCAUGUCGCAGAGGGAGAGUGAAGCUGGGUUGCAAAGUCUUGAUCCUUGGGGCAGGGCCAAUUGGACUUUGUUGUUUGCUUAUUGCCAAGGCUAUGGGCGCAGCUCAAAUCGUGGUUUGUGAUUUGAGCUGUGAACGUCUGGAGAAGGCCAAGCAGAUGGGAGCCAAUGCUACCCUCAAAGUGGAAAAGCCCUUUCCAUGCCCUCUAGAAUUUGCGCAGAAAUUGAAGGGUCUUCUUGGCUGCGAAGGGGCUGAGGUAACCAUUGAGUGCAGUGGGGCAGAAUUCUGCAUGCAAAUUGGCAUCUAUGCUACACGCAGUGGAGGAACCUUGGUGUUGGUUGGCGUUGGUGCGGCUACAGCAAACCUCCCCAUGUUAAAUGGCUCACUUCGAGAGGUUGAUGUCCGAGGGCUUUUUAGAUACACUAACACGUGGCCGGUUGCUUUAGCCCUGAUGGGUACAAAGAAAGUGGAUGUAAAGCCCAUGAUCACUAACCGUUUCCCAAUUGAGCAGGCUGCCGAAGCGUUUGAAACCGCACGCAAGGGAACAGCCAUUAAAGUGAUUGUACAGUGCGAGGCUCAAUGCCAACAGCAGCAGCAGCAAUCGUGCCAACAGUCCUGCCCACCACCACCUGUGCAGCAAUGCCAGCAAUCAUGCCCACCACCCCAACAAUCAUGCCAAAAGCAACAAUGCCCACCACCACCAUGCUCAAAAUGCUGA